AACAGCCCAGAAAGAGAGAGAGACGGAGAGACAUAGACACAUCCAGUGGGGCCACGCGGGAGGAGCCACUCAAAGGGACCUGGAGCCAACCGGGGGCCGAGUCUCCCCCUUCCGCAGCGUCGGAGAAGACCCGUGGAGUAUCCGCAGAGGCUCCGCCUGGGUUCCACCGUGGAAGCGCGAGUUCCUUCUCUCGUCCACUGCAAACUUUCCACCGAGAUGCCUCUCAGGGUGAGAUGCGGACCCCGGAGAGCACUGGCUAGCGCUUGAUCGCUGCCUGUGGUGGCCUGCACUGCCCAGGGGGCCAGGAGGCCCCAGAAAAAAGACAUCUUUAAGCCCCCAGGUCCUCCCACCCUCCGGAGCUCGGCUCGGAGGCUGAGGCCAGAGAGGUAGCUCAGCUCUGGGGUUUCAGCAGCGACAGCAGCAGGAAAAACCUGCCCCUGCCCCCCUCCCGCCACCUCCCCUCUCCUGAACUCCAGUUACCAACCAGGCACCCCCAGUUCCCAACCAGGCCCUCCUGCCAUGUCGGACCCAGACAUCCCCAGGGGCCCCGAUGUCCCUGCCAUGUGGCCCCCCUGUUCCAGAGGUGCCUGAGCCCCUUUCCAGGAGCCCAGCCCCUCCCCCGCCCCAGCCCAGUCCGGAGCCCCAGGGACCAUGAGUGGGGGUAAGAAGAAAAGUAGUUUUCAAAUCACUAGUGUCACCACGGACUACGAGGGUCCAGGGAGUCCAGGGCCUUCGGAUUCCCCUGCUCCCCCGGCUCCCACUGGGCCGCCACCCCGCCUCCCCAAUGGGGAACCCAACCCUGAUCCAGGAGGCAGGGGCACCCCCCGGAAUGGCUCCCCACCACCUGGAGCCCCCGCCUCCCGUUUCCGAGUGGUGAAGUUGCCCCAAGGCUUGGGAGAACCUUAUCGCCGAGGUCGGUGGACGUGUGUGGAUGUUUACGAAAGAGACCUGGAGCCCUCAAGUUUCGGCCGGCUGCUGGAGGGAAUUCGAGGGGCCUCGGGGGGCACUGGAGGCCGGUCAUUGGAUUCUCGGCUGGAGCUGGCUAGCUUGGGGCUGAGCACCCCCAUCCCACAGCCAGGCCUGUCUCAGGGCCCCACCUCUUGGCUGCGCCCGCCCCCCACUUCUCCUGGGUCCCAGGCCCGCUCCUUCACAGGGGGUCUGGGCCAGCUGGCCGGGCCCGGCAAAGCCAAGGUGGAGACACCUCCCCUGUCGGCCUCUCCACCCCAGCAGCGCCCCCCAGGGCCUGGGACUGGGGAUAGUGGCCAGCCCCUGCCCGCUGUGAAAGUAGAAGUGGAGUCUGGGGGUUCAGCAGCUGCGACCCCUCCACUGUCACGGAGAAGAGAUGAUGUGGUUCGACUGAGGAUGGAGUUGGCUCCAGAGGAGACAGGGCAGGUACCCCCACUUGACUCCCGCCCCAACUCCCCAGCCCUCUACUUCGAUGCCAGCCUUGUCCACAAGUCUCCAGACCCCUUUGGAGCCGCAGCAGCCCAGAGCCUCAGCCUGGCCCGCUCCAUGCUUGCCAUCAGUGGUCACUUGGACAGUGAUGACGACAGUGGUUCCGGGAGCCUGGUUGGCAUUGACAACAAGAUCGAACAAGCCAUGGACUUGGUGAAGUCCCACCUCAUGUUUGCUGUGCGAGAAGAGGUAGAGAUACUAAAAGAGCAGAUCCGAGACCUGGCAGAGAGGAAUGCUGCGCUGGAGCAGGAGAAUGGAUUGCUACGUGCCCUGGCCAGCCCAGAGCAGCUGGCCCAGCUGCCAUCCUCAGGGCUCCCACGGCUUGGGCCCCCAGCACCCAACGGGCCCUCCGUCUGAGCCUCUUUUCCCUCACAAUGUGCCUUUGGGGGCUGCCCCUGCUGCUAGGUGUUGUGCCAGCUGCCUGCCCCCUCUUCCUAUGUAGCUUUAAUGCCCACCCUGAAGCCCCCAAUCCCUAGGGAUGGGAGUCAAAGGCUCAGUAUUGGCCUAUCCCUUCCCACCUGGCCUCCCCAUACCCCAGGCCUCGAUGGAUGAGGGGGAGCUCAGGAGGGAGUGUUUAUUUGGAGCUCCUCAUUCAUGAGAGAACUUAGUUCCCCUCUUCCCUAGGUAUCAGUGUUCUGGGGAGCCCCCCCCCCCAGCAGUAGAUGGUUUGGGAAUAUUUGGAGGUUCCCUGGCAGAUUCCCUACCCCAACCUCAUUCCCUCCAAGUGCCCCCUUCCCUCUGCCCAGGGCGGGGGUGCCUAUAUGGACAGUAUCUUCAACUUCUGGGAUUCAGGUUGUUAUUAAAAUAAUAAUUAUAAUUUUAAAAGUCUGAAGAAACUUGAA